CCAGACCGCGCGUGCGCCGUGGUGGCCCAUGCUGUGGCGGCGCGGCGAUGGAACCGGCUGAGCUGCAGAACGAGCUAGUGUCAGCCGAGGGCCGGAACCGGAAGGCGGUGCUGUGCCAGCGUUGCGGCUCUCGGGUGCUGCAGCCAGGGACUGCUCUUUUCUCUCGCCGACAGCUGUUCCUCCCCUCCAUGAGAAAGAAGCCAGCUCUGGCUGACGGCAGCGACCCCGACGGUGAUCUCCUCCAGGAACACUGGCUGGUGAAUGACAUGUUCAUCUUUGAGAAUGUGGGCUUCACCAAGGACGUGGGCAACAUCAAGUUCCUGGUCUGUGCGGACUGUGAGAUCGGACCCAUUGGCUGGCACUGCCUGGACGACAAGAACAGCUUCUAUGUGGCCUUGGAGCGAGUCUCCCACGAGUGACUGAGGGGACUCCACGCCAGCUGUAAAGCUCUGCCCACCAGAGCCGACGCUGAACCUGUGGUGGCUGCCAUGCCGGCAGCCUUCUCGGUACUAAUACAAACGAUAAGCACCGGUGUUUGCCCUUGAACUUGCAGAGGGCCGUCCUGCUUCCUUCAAGCCUCAGUGCAUGCCUCCCACUUAGUCCUCUGUGCAUCACAGCUGUCCUAACCCCCACCCCCGUUUUGGAACAUGGAAGAACUCUACAUGUGUAGUCUGGUCCUUGGCACUCCUCCUGGAUGCCGUCCAGGGCUCCCUUCCUGCUCAGCAAGAGCAGCGGUCAACUUUUUAGCCACGGUAACAGGAAAAAACGCUCACUUGCUAUUAGUUGAAACUCCACCUUUUUCUCAUUCAAGAAGCCCGGUGUAAUGGGCGCACACCUGCAGUCCUACCUCUUGGGAGGUGGAAGCAGGAAGAUCAGGAGUUCAAGGCCAGCCUCAGCUACAUGGUGAAUUCUAAGCCAGCCUGGGCUAUGUGAGACAUCUCAAAAGACAUAAAGCAUACAAGUAUUUGAGAGUGACUUCGUUGUACUUGUCUAUAGCAAUUUAUUCUUUUUAAAAGUAAAACAUUUACAAAUGUCAGUGUUUAAACCACUAGUGAGAAACACAUUACUUUAGACAUGUUUUCAAUGCUGUGUUUGAGACCCUUUGUUCCAGGUUGAUAGUGACAUUUGUAGUGAAGAUGAAUGUGGCCCUUCUUCCCGCUGAUCUUGACUAGGUUUCUCUUUUCAUUAGGGGCCUCCCUGCUUCAGCUUCCAUUGUUAACCCUAAAGGAACUCAGCCCUGUUUACCAGGCUCUCUUGGAAUCGGAGUGGAGGGUGGAGGAUAUACCAAGGAUUGCUUAGCCGAAUCACCCCUGGGUUUGUUAGGGAAGAUUUCUUUAAUGGCUGCUGUCAUCAUUCAUAAAUGUAGGUUGUAAGGUCCUCAGGAUUUUGGUUCACUUGGACUGUCUGUACCCAGGAUCCAAACCCUUUCUAUGGAGAUUUCCAUUGUUACGGGGUUGGUGCCACCUUUCCUCAUUAGCCAACUUAAAACUUCAACGUGAUUUCCAGUUAUUUUAUCAUUUCUCUUCUGGAGUGACCGGGUAGUUUAAAAGGACUCUGUAUAAGCAGUUCAACUACUUUGCCAUCAUCCCUUCCUCUGGGGACUUAACAUUGGAGUGUACAGUAAGUAGAGACCCUGUUAUUCUUAUAAUACCAGCAACCUGGGGGUCAAGGCAGAUCAAGGUCAGCCUCAGUUACAUAUCAAAUUCAAGGCCAUUCUGUACUGCUUGAGAGCUUGUCUCAAACAAACAAAAAACAACAAAUAGAAGUUGGAAAGAUGGCUCAGCAGUUAAGAGUGUUCGCUGCUCUUUCAGAGGACCUGAGUUCAAUUCCUGGCACCUCCAUCAGGGGGUUCACAGCUGCCUGUAAGGCCUGUUCAAGGGCAUCUGCACUCUGGCCUCUACGGUUGCCUGCACACGUGUGGGGUGCAUACAGAAAAGCAGACACACACACACAUAAGUAAAUGAAAAUUUUACAAAUUAAAAAACAAAAGUUCCAGCGAGGCGGUGGUGGCCCACGCCUUUAACCAGCAGCAUUGGGGAGGCAGAGGCAGGUGGAUAUCUGUGAGUUCAAGGCCAGUCUGGUCUACAAAAAGCAGGUUCCAGGACAGCCUGGGCUGUUACACAGAGAAACUCCCUCUGCAUCUGUUUCCUGGCUGUUCCUUCCUCACUGAAGUUUCUUAAAGUACAGGCCCUGGGCAGUUUUGCCAGCACCCUGCACACUUAGGUGGCUUUCACUCAGUCUGAAGGGGCUCUAGCGGCAAAGGAGAGACCAUGUUUUCCAAAGAGGUGAGCACACCUUAGAAUGGUGUUUUCAGGAAAACAGCCAAGGCUGACCCGCUGGGGUCCAGAGGAACAAAACAAGCAGAUGCCUCUAGGGACACAUGAACCUUCACUUCACAAGUCAGAGACCUAAACUGAACUAGGCUUUUAACUCCCGCCCCCUUUUUAAACCACAGAAAGAAUACAUGUUAAUUGUAUAUCAAAGUAAGAAUCAGUAGCCAGGUGGUGGUGGCGGCUCACGCCUUUAGUCUCAUCACUCAGAUGGCAGAGGCAGGAGGAUCUCUGUGAGUUGGAGGCCAGCCUGGGAUACAGAGUGAGUUCCAGAAAAGGCUCCAAAGCAACAGAGAGAAACCCUGUCUCAAAAAAAAAAGAAUCAGGCCGGGCGGUGGUGGCGCACGCCUUUAAUCCCAGCACUCGGGAGGCAGAGCCAGGCGGAUCUCUGUGAGUUCGAGGCUAGCCUGGACUACCAAGUGAGUUCCAGGAAAGGCGCAAAGCUACACAGAGAAACCCUGUCUCGAAAAACCAAAAAAAAAAAAAAAAAAGAAUCAGUAUAGAGUUCUCAUUAACUCACACUUCCACUGGGCAGGUCUUGCCAGUGGUAACGUGUAUAACCUCAAUGUCUUUCUGUGUGCAAACAUGUAGUUUCCUAAACAAAUAUGAGAGCAUACUGUACUCUUUUAUAUCUUGUUAUUUUUUAUUUAACGAAAGGGGAACGUCUUCCUUAUCAGUAGACGCCCAGCCCUGAACACGGUUGCCAAUGCUCCUUGUGUUGCUGGGCUAUAGUUCCGGUGAUCCACGUUGUGUUGCCUCCAGCUGCUCCUGACCGUGACACGGCAUACAGGGUGUUAACUCUAUUUCCGGUCCUUGGCGUGCAUUGUAAGGAGUGCGGUUGCAGGGUGGGCAUGCUGUGGACACAUUCUCCACAGCAGCCUUAUUUGUCCACUCCUUCAGCAGUGGGAAAGAGCACUCAGUUUUCUGCCCCUUACUAAUGCUGGGUAUUCUUUAUCAUUAAGAAACACUUGCAGCUUCUGUAAGUAUCUUAUUGUUUUAUUUGUACUUAUUUCUGGUUAAAAAAAAAUUAUGGCCACAUUCUUGUUUUUGUGGGGUUUUUUUUGGGGGGGCGGUUUCGAGACAGGGUUUCUCUGUGUAGCUUUGGAGCCUGUCCUGGAACUCACUCUGUAGACCAGGCUGGCCUCGAACUCACAGAGAUCCACCUGCCUCUGCCUCCCUAGUGCUGGGAUUAAAGGCGUGUGCCACCACCACCCAGCUAAAAAUUUCACUGGUGUGAAAUCCAGUUCUUUCUUUAUUUUUUUUUCAACUUGUUUUUUCAAGAACUGCCAAAUGUUGUUGACCCAGUGACUAAAAAACCCUGAACUACUGCUCUUCUUUUUCAUUUAAUAAAGUCAUUGAAACGGUGAA